AUGCUUCUUCUCGAUUACCAGAACGUCUUGAUCGAGAACCUCCUGACGGAGCGGUUCUCUGGAGCUCCGCCGGUGUCAAUCGAUCAAAUUGCGUCUGACUUUGACGGCGUCACCUUCCACCUGUCCACUCCCGAAUCCAAGUCCCAAAUCCUCAUCUCGAUCAACGUGAAAUGCUUCAAGGACCUGGUGCAAUAUGGUGCCUUUGAUGUUCUGCAGAGAGAAUACGGACCCUACAUUGUCAACCCGGAGCCCGGGUAUGACUUCUCGGUAUUGAUCGAUCUGGAGAACCUCCCCGCCGAGCAGGAGGCUCGAGAAGAGUUGAUUAUGCGGCUUGCGCUGAUGAAGCGCAAUGCCAUGGCCGCCCCAUUCGAGAGAGCAUUCGACGAGUUCGCAAAGUUAGCGGAGGAGGCCUCGCAAUUUUCUCCGGAAGCUACACCACCGGGAGUCAAGGAGGGAGGACAAGUGAUGGCGAUUCAUUACCGUGAAGAGGAGGCAAUCUAUAUUAAGGCUAGCUAUGAUCGGGUUACUGUGAUUUUCAGUACAGUCUUCCGUGAGGAGACUGACCGCAUUUUUGGCAAGGUGUUCCUGCAGGAAUUCGUCGACGCCCGGAAACGUGGAAUGGCUCUGCAGAACGCCCCGCAAGUGCUUUUCCGUAACGACCCUCCAUUGGAGCUGCAGGGAGUGCCUGGUGUCAAGCCUGCAGGUGAAGGCGAAAUGAGCUACGUUACCUUUGUUCUUUUCCCUCGCCACCUUACUCCCCAGCGCCGCUACGCAAACAUCUCUCACAUCCAGACCUUCCGCGACUACUUCCAUUACCACAUCAAAGCAUCGAAGGCAUACAUCCACACCAGGAUGCGCAAGAGGACAGCAGACUUCCUCCAGGUCCUCAACCGAGCUCGACCCGAGAACGAGGAACGCGAGAAGAAGACGGCCAGUGGACGUACCUUCAGAGUUCAGGGCUAA